AUGAGGUUCCUCCUGGAGGGCCUCACGGUCUAUUUCCCCUAUGAGUACAUCUAUCCCGAGCAGUACAAGUACAUGCUGGAGCUCAAGCAUGCUCUGGACGCCAAGGGCCACUGCCUGCUGGAGAUGCCGACGGGGACAGGCAAGACCAUCACCCUGCUGUCCCUCAUCACCUCGUACCAGCUGGCCCACCCCGAGACCGGCAAGCUCAUAUACUGCACGCGCACCGUACCAGAGAUGGAGAAGGUCCUGGCGGAGGUCAAGGACCUGAUCGAGUAUCGAUCCCGCUACUUCACCGACGCCCCCGCCCCCAAGCUGCUGGCCCUGGGCCUGUCCAGUCGCAAGAACCUGUGCAUCCACCCGCGCGUGGCGGAGGAGGGGUCUCGAGAGAGUGUGGACGCGCGGUGCAUGCGCCUGACCGCCUCCUGGGUCCGGGAGCGGGCGCGCGGCGCAGCCCGCCCCGGCGCGGAGACCACGGAUGCCGGCGCCGCCGCCGCGGUGCCGGCCGCAGUGCCUGACAUUGAGCUCUGCGAGUUCUUCGAGGGCCUGGAGGGCGCGGGCGCCGACGGCCGCCUGGACGCCGGGGUCUACACCAUGCACGACCUGCGCGCGCUGGGGCGCAAGCGGCGCUGGUGCCCCUACUUCCUGGCGCGCCACAUGGUGGCCUACGCCAACGUGGUGGUCUGGAACUAUCAGUACCUGUUGGACCCCAAGGUGGCAGCCAUGGUGUCGCGCGAGAUGGAGCGCGAGUGCAUCGUGGUCUUCGACGAGGCCCACAACAUCGACAAUGUGUGCAUCGAGGCGCUGAGCGUGGAGCUGAGGCAGCAGGGCCUGGAUGCCGCGGGGCGCAACGUGGCUCGCCUCCGGUCCGAGAUUGAGCGCGUCAAGUCCACAGACGCCGACCGGCUCAAGCGGGAGUACCAGCGCCUGGUGCAGGGCCUUGCGAGCCAGGGGGCCCUCAGGGGCGGCGGGGAGAGCGAGCAGUGGCUCGCGAACCCGGCGCUGCCGGCCGACAUCCUCCAGGAAGCGGUGCCGGGGAACAUCCGCCGUGCCGAGCACUUCCUCGCCUUCCUCCAGCGCUUCCUCUCCUUCCUGCGCACGCGGCUCAACGUCAACCAGGUGGUGUCCGACACCCCCACCUCCUUCCUCACCCACCUCCAGAGCGUGGUUGCCAUUGAGGGCAAGACGCUGCGCUUCUGCUACGACCGGCUGACAAGCCUCAUGAAGACGUUGGAGAUCUCGGCCACCGACGACUUUGGGCCCAUCCAUCGCGUGGCCGACUUUGCCACGCUGGUGGGCACCUACACCAAGGGCUUUGCCAUCAUCGUGGAGCCCUACGACGAGCGCAUGCCCGGGGUGCCAGAUCCGGUGAUCCAGCUGGCGUGCCUGGACGCCAGCCUGGCCAUCAAGCCUGUGUUUGCCAAGUUCCAGAGCGUGGUGAUCACCUCGGGCACGCUGUCCCCCAUUGACCUCUACCCCCGCAUCCUGGACUUCAAGCCCGUGUGCCUGGCCUCGCUGGCCAUGACGUUGACGCGCCAGUGCCUCUGCCCCGUGGUCCUGACGCGCGGUGGGGACCAGCUGCCGGUGUCCACCAAGUUUGACAUGCGUGACGACCCGGCUGUCACCAGGAACUACGGCAGGAUGCUGUUGGACCUGGCGGCGGUGGUUCCCGACGGCAUCAUCUGCUUCUUCGUCUCCUACUCCUACAUGGACUCCAUAGUGUCACGCUGGAACGACAUGGGCAUCCUGUCGGCGCUCAUGACGCACAAGCUGGUCUUCAUCGAGACAGUGGACGUGGUGGAGACGACGCUGGCGCUGGACAACUACCGGCGCGCGUGCGACUGCGGGCGGGGCGCCAUCUUCUUCAGUGUGGCGAGGGGCAAGGUGGCGGAGGGCAUAGACUUUGACCGGCACUACGGCCGCUGCGUGGUCAUGUUUGGGGUGCCCUACCAGUACACGCUGGGCCGCAUCCUCAGGGCUCGGCUGGAAUACCUUCGCGAGACCUUCCAGAUCAAGGAGUCGGACUUCCUGGCCUUUGACGCGGUGCGGCAGGCGGCGCAGUGCGUGGGCCGCGUCAUCCGCUCCAAGGCCGACUACGGGCUGAUGGUGUUCGCGGACAAGCGCUACCAGCGCCACGACAAGCGCGACAAGUUGCCUGGCUGGAUCUCCAGCCAGCUGCGGGACGCGCACCUCAACCUCUCCACCGACAUGCUCCUGUGCAUCGCGCGGGAGUUCAUGCGCGCCAUGGCCCAGCCCUUCGACGGCGGGUCGGCGGAGGGUGCCAGCCUGCUCUCCGAGGCGGCGGUGAAUGCUCUGGACACAGCAGGGGCAGGGCCCAUGGUCCUGGGAUGA